UAGCAAAAGCAGCUCUCCGCAAGGGGCAGCCCAUGCGCGGCGUACUCGUGAUAAUCGUUGCCACGGCGAUGGCGUCGGACGGCUGGGACACUUUGUGGUGGCUCCCGGCGGACGGAGACGUGACGCCCGGCAAGCAAGUGGCUUCCCACAAAACAAUGCCCCAUCUCAUGUUCGUUCCCGACGGCACGCCGCCGGCCGGCGGCUGGCCGCUACUGGUCUUUCUGCACGGCCAAGGGGAGAGUUCUCCGACGCCGCUGCCUCGCGUCGCGAUCCAAGGGCCGCCGCAGACCUGCGGACGCGCGCCAGGCACGAUGAAAAUGGCCGUGUUGUCUCCGCAGAAGCCCAUGUCGUCACAGUUCUACGAUAAUGACGUCGCCGACGACAUCGAGGCGCUCGUCGAUCAUUAUGUUGCGUCGCAAAAGCUCGACGUCCGGAGGAUAUACCUCACGGGCCUGAGUCAGGGCUCCAUCGGCACUUGGAAUUUGGCCGCGGCGAGGCCGUCGCGCUGGGCAGCGAUAGCGCCCGUCUCCGGCGGGCUGCGACCACCGUUCAAGGAGGCGGCCAGUGCGCUCAAGGACACGCCGAUCUGGGCUUUUCAUGCGCCAAACGACGUGAUUCUGCCGGUGGCCAUGUCCGACAAGUCCGUCGACGCCUGCAAGCGACUCGCGACGCGGACCGCAGAGAUAAAGUACACGCGCGACGAGGCGGGCGGGUCCGACCCGUCCUGGGCCGCCGCCGGUAUACCCGACAUGCCAGGGCACGGCGGGAUGAACUCGCUGGCGUACUACCCCGGCGAACUCUACGAGUGGCUCCUCCAGUUCCGACUUAAAAACAAGUGAUG